AUGACUGGUUUUAGGGGGCCGGUGCCUGGAGUGAGGGUUGCGGCUGCUGGCUGUGUAGGGGGCCUGCAGCCUGGCCCUGGGUUUCUGGGUCCAGCACCCUGGCCACAGUGCCCAGUGCCGCACACCAGUGCCUGCACAGUGAACCUCAGAGCUAUCAUGUGGAGCAGGCUCCUGAGGAAAAGGUGGGUGCUCACCAUAGUCUUACCACUCUCUCUUGUCCACUUCCUCACCAGCACCUUCAAGCAAGAGGAGAGGGCACAACUUCUGGAGCGGUUCCUCGACCUGGCAGCCGCGGCAUCCCAGAACCUCUUCAUGGCAGUCGAUGACUGCUUUGAAUUGUGUUUGGCUAAGUGCAGGACCUCAUCCCAGACCGUGCAGCCCGAGAACACCUAUAGGGAUCCCACAGCAAAGUAUUGCUUCAGAGAGAGCCCUCCGGAGCUCUUCUGGCGUGAUGGAUGCAGAAGAUUUGCCAAGCCCACGUGA